AUGAACCAACAGAGACCUCUGGUGCCGGAUGGCGGUGCGUCCACUGCCUCAGCCAGUAGUCAGGGUGAAAUGGUCAUUGACCACACCUUUCCCGACCCGUCGUCGUCACAGCAGAGGAAGAAGAAGCCUGGACCCAAGCGUGAUGCAAAGCCUGCCCCGUCCGAGAAGCUCGAGCGGAAUCGACAAGCUCAAAGAACACACCGAGAGCGCAAAGAGCAGUACACAAAAGAGUUAGAACUCGAAGUCUUGCGCCUGAAGGAGCUCUUCGUGACUGCAUCUCGCGAGCGUGACGGCGCAUCCAGUGCUCGAGAUGAACUGCUCAGCGAGAGAGACCGACUAUUUGCAGACAAUCAAAAGCUCCUCGAGGAAAAUCAACGGAUGCGUGAGAUUAUCCAGUCGUCCUCGUCCUCCACCGAUUCUGGCUACGAGGGCACCUCUGUAAGCUGCGACGUCACCAGAAACAACAGUCUGUCCGUGGCUGACGGGUAUCCUGGUAUGGUCGUCGACCCAAGCGGCCCAAUACAGGAAUACGGUACGCAGGAACCCGUGACGACCCACUGGCAACAGAGUGCGUGGGAACUCUGCGAGUCCCGGGGCUUUGCGUCUGACGGAGCGCUCCAGGAAACCUCACCACCGAUAAAGACGGAGUCGACUGAGUUGGACGUGAGAAGAUUCAGCUCGGCUCAGCUCGUCGCAGAACUUCCUCCUAUACAAAUGGACUACGACGAUUUAGCUAUGGACUUUGUAUUAUCAUUAGAAAGACCCUGCAUGGGCCACAUCCAGUACCUGCACGUACGAGCCCACAACUACCAGGCCUCCCAGCAAGGCGAGAUGAGCGGCCAACCCCUCGAAGUCCCAGACGAUGGCAAGAACCAACACAUCAGUGGCCAUGCAUUGAUGCAUACCUCGCCACCUUACAGUCUCCUAAUGAAUGAUCCCGGUAAACGAUAUCCAACACAGUUCCCCGACGGCCUAAGACGAGACGAUCUGCUUCGGCUGUUGGACCUCAGCUCACAACUGGAAGUCAACGAUCCUGAACUACCGCCAGUGAAAGCGUGGAUGAAGAUUAUGCAAGACCAACGCUUUCGGCAUUUGGGUGUGAAUGACUUUUCGCUUCUCAAAGAGACCCUGCUGUCCAAGGUUCAUUGCUACAGAUUUGGCGCAAUCGUCGAACAAAACGACCUCGAAUUCGCACUAGAACAUGUCCUGACAUGCAAAGGCGCUGUCCUCACAGAACCCACGACGACGGCGAUCCCAGCUUCAAUGGCGCCGCGCGAUGCAAAAUCAUUACCGCCCGGGACGGCAUUAUGA